AUGCCAUCCUUCAAGAGUCUUCUGCUCAUAGCCCUCUCCCUCGUGGCCACUACAACGGCAGACUCUUGCCCACAGGACUGGAACAGCUCGAAAGCUACGGACGGCCAAUGCUGCUAUGGCACUCCGUUGUCUGAUGGCCCCACCAAAUUUUGCUGUGUUGGGUCCAAGGGUUUAUUCAAAGCCAGAAACGAUUUACCAAGGAGUGUGACAAGCAGCAGUAGUUCCAGCCUGUGCUUCGCACAGAUUCCCUUCACCGCGAGCGAUUAUUCGCAGCAGGUCUCUUCUGCGUCAUCGCAGUAUGUGGCAGGUGCUACCACAACUCCUGCUACCAACGAGGUGACUCCUACAAGCUCAGGUUCUGCAGCUGCCACCACCAAUGCGGCCAUGCCGAUUGCCACAGCUCAAGAUGUAGUGCUGUGCGGUGCCGCAUUCAUUGCCGGUCUUUUCGUGCUCUAA